AUGUUCUCUCUCCGCGCUCUUGCACGCUCCGUGCCCCGCACGGUUUCGCGCUCUAUCGCUACCUCUUCUCGCUCUACCCUCUACCGACCUGCGUCGGCCGUCCCCAAGAAUACUUUUCUCCAGUCUUCCUUGAAGCAGGCUACGAGGUCCUCUUACGCCGCUUUCUCGACCUCUCAGGCAUUCAAGCAGCCUGCCGCUGAUGGUGAUGUCGAACUUGCUGCCAAGCUCGAAGAUGAGCUGAAGCAUGAGAAGUCUUCCGGUCUUAAUGACUUGGAAACGUCUGUCCAGAACAUCCAAUAUGUCCUCCAGAACAACUCGUGGGAGGUCAAGGACGUUCCCGGAGAGCAGGAGGUUGUGCUGACGAAGAAGCUUGGCAAUGAGGAGAUCCGACUUACCUUCACCGUUGCCGACCUCCAGAACCUCAGCGAACAGGAAGACUUUGAUGAUGCUGCCCUGGGUGAUGAGAUGGACUUCCAGUCCGGAAAUCAGUCCGCCAACCAGGGACAGUCUGGCAAUACGUCUCAGCACCCCGAGGACGGUGCUGCCCCCGCCGAAGACCUCGAGCCUAGCUUCCCUGCUCGCGUCAAUGUCACCGUCGAGAAGCCCAGCACUGGCGCUCUUCUGAUCCAGACCGUUGUCCAGGAUGGCCUCUUCCAGAUCGAGGAGGUGUCGUACUUCUCCAAGCCUGACCUGGCCUAUGCCCAGACUGCCGAGAAGGACUGGGCUAGACAGAGCUUGUACGCCGGUCCUCCUUUCGAAAACCUGGACGAGGACUUGCAGACCUUUUUGGAGCGCUACCUCGAGGAGCGCGGCAUCAAUGCCGAGCUUGCCAACAUGAUCCCCGACUACAUCCAGGUCAAGGAGCAGAAGGAGUACGUUCGCUGGCUCGAGAGUGUCAAGAACUUCGUCUCCGCUUAA